AUGUGCAAUGAUGAGGCUGCACGAAUGGGCACUGAUAGGCAGCACUGAUGGGCACUGAUCUUCAUCCCAAAAUCUGACACUGAAGCAGGGGCGGACUGACAACUCAUGGGGCCCCCGGGCAAUAGGGGAUCAUGGGGCCCCUGUGUCCUUGCCCAAACUCAAAGAAGCCUACGAAAAAGGUACCAGGGGCAUCUCAUGGGGCCCCCUACUGACUCCGGGCCCUCGUGUAGUGCCCAAGUUUCCAAAUGGUCAGUCCGCCCCUGCACCAAAGUACCUCUAAGC